AUUAUUCUGUUUCUUGCGAAGACACACAACGCGAGAAUCGCUACGGCGGCGGACUCAAAUUUCGUUCGUCUGAAAUUUUCGCUCGUCUCUUUUUCCUACGUUAAAACAUAUUUUAUCGCGUAAAUUUGUCAGUGUUUAGUGCGUGUUGUGUUGCGCUUGAAAAACAUGGUAUUUUACUUCACCAGCAAUGUCGUCCAACCGCCGGUGACACUGUUUAUGGGACUUGACAAGUACGAAAACGAAGAUCUUAUCAAAUGGGGCUGGCCAGAGGAUGUUUGGUUCCACGUGGACAAGGUGUCCUCGGCGCACGUGUACCUCCGGCUGAAUCCGGGCCAAACCCUGGACGACGUCCCGUCCGCCGUCAUCGAGGACGCCUGCCAGCUGGUCAAGGCCAACAGUAUUAACGGCAACAAGAUGAACAACGUCGACAUCGUGUACACCAUGUGGGACAACCUCAAGAAAACGCAGGGCAUGGACGUGGGCCAAGUCUCGUUCUACCGCGACAAGGACGUGCGCAAGAUGCGCAUCGAGAAGCGCUCCAACGAGAUCGUGAACCGGCUCAACAAGACGAAGCGCGAGGAACAUCCGGACUUUCGGGCCGAGCGGGAAAAGCGGGACGCCGCGGAGCGGGCGGAGAAGAAGGCCAAGGUGCGGGAUGGGCGGGAGCGCGAAAAGGAGGAGGAAAAGCGGCGCCUGGAGGAGAAGGAGCUGCGCAGCUACAACUCGCUGAUGAAGUCGGAGAACAUGACGAGCAACUACGACGCGGGGAACGAUUCGGACGAGUUUAUGUGAGGGAGAGAGAGAGAGAGAG